AUGAAACUUGCUUGGCUUCUGGUAUUACUGCCCACAGCUUUGGGUCGCAUCGUAAGCCGUGACUCGGCUUCGAGCACCUGCAAACAUCUAGAGGCGACAUACCCUGACCUGACCUUCUUUCCUCUGUCGCCAGGGUAUAUUAAGGCCAACACUGAUUUCUACACAUCAAGUGCUUGGCUCGGUCCUGCCUGUGUUUUCCAGCCCACCGAUAGCCGACAUUUGGCGGAUGCGGUGCUGCUGCUGAAGAAUACCAGCACGCCCUUUGCUAUCCGCGGCGGAGGACACAUGCCAAUUGCCAAUGCGGCCAAUAUCAACUCGUCUGGAGUGCUGCUGUCCAGCUUUGGUCUGUCGCAGCUGAAGGUCUCCGACGACCACUCCACGGUGCAUGUGGGCCCCGGUAAUCGCUGGGCGGAUGUGUACAAGUACCUUGAGCCGUACGGCCUGAGCGUGGUCGGCGGUCGUCUUGGUGUCGUGGGAGUCCCGGGGUAUAUUCUGGGUGGAGGUGUGGCCUUCUUCAGUAAUGAGUAUGGGUGGGCAUCGGCCAAUGUCGUCAGAUUUACGGGUGUCUUGGCCGAUGGCCGGGUGGUGACAGCAAAACCAAACAACGAGCAUGCCGACCUCUUCUGGGCACUACGUGGCGGCGGCAACUCAUUCGCACUGGCCACGGACUUCGAGCUCAAGACGCUGCGCGUGCCAAAGGUCACUGUCGGUAUGGCCAAUUACGGCUUCGGUGUCGGUGAACAGUUCAUUCGCAGCGUGCACGACUUUGCCACGGCCGGGACCAAGGACCCCAAGGCAGCGGUCAUCCCGAUGGCCGAAUAUCUGCCGGAGACGGGCACCGUCAGCUACAGCGCGAUUCUGUUUUACAAUGGCAACAAUGCAACCCCGGCAGCGCUGCAGAGUUUCCAAAAGCCGACACUCACCCCGCUGACCAACACCUUCCGCUACCGAUCCAUGAACCAGUGGUCGCAGGAACUGGACGGGGCAGUAGGCCUGCUAAAGGGCUCACGGCAGCGCUUCUAUGUGUUGAACAUUCACGCCUCACGGAAAGAGACGAUCGCCACGGUGCACGACACCUUCGUCGAGGUCGCCAAGACCAGUCUACCAAUUGGAGUGGUGGUUGCGGCGAUGGCCUUCCCCCAGGUGGCAGAGCAGUACAUCCAUGCGUCAACUGUCAAUGGCGGCGACCCGCAGGACCUCGAUCCGGAUGGGGCCCCGUACAUCUGGGUGGAAGAGAGCAUCACCGCGCUGGCGGCGGUUCGCGACGAGGACAUCGAUGCCUUCUACACCAAGGUCAACGGCGAGAUCCGUCAGAAGUUGCUUGCUGAUGGCGUUAAAUUGCCUGAAUACACUUAUCUCAAUGAUGCCAACCCGGCACAAGACUCGUUCGGCACGUUUCCUCCGGACAACUUGGCGCGGCUGCGCAAGAUUCGCGCGCGGUAUGAUCCUGACCGGGUGUUUACGGAUCUGAUGCCGGGAGGAUGGAAAGUGAGUUGA